AUGCCCUUCCCAUGCUUCCACAGCCCAGAUUUGGACUCACCGCCUCACAAGAUGUCCAGUUCUCAGCACGACCCUCUCUCGGUCGAACGCAGGCCUCUGGAUACCCAGAAAUAUGCAGGAGGCGACAUGACUAUGAUGGCAUUCCUUCGCCCUGCAGCUACUCCGGUCAGGUUCGCUAAUCCGGACGAUCAUCGCAUCAAAGGGCUCAAUGCCGAGACGCUUGCCAAGGUCCAACUCUCCACCCCCCAAUGGCUCUCAACUCCAGAUUACGCCCCGCUUCAGGCAGAUCCCGGACAGGAGUCACAAUCUAUCUAUUUUAGCUUGAACAUCUCAUUGUACAACCAGCAGAUUGAUGCGUCUGAUUGGAACGAGCAAUGGUUCUUUAUGGUCGGCCGCGUCCAUCCGUUUGCCUUGACAUGGGAACUGGAACAACGUGACGGCCUCGAGUCGGACAACGAUAGCACCACCCAAUACACCGUUCCCGCUUUCGUGGUCCGCGAUCACAGUUUUCAACCCGUCGCUCCACGCCUUGUUCGCUUGACCCCUUCACACCCAAUCAUCAUGCCGAUUGUCUCCUUCACCGGUCCUGUCCUAGGCUCCGGGCAUGACCUCCUAUGCGAAAACCUGGCCACUGCUUUUGACGAAGCGCAGCUAAAGUGCUGUGGCUUCAUUCAACUCUCCACGUUUCUCUGUCCGGGACAGCCGGAGAAGACGCCCUUCAAGGGAUACCAUCCAUUUCAAGUCUUUGUCAUCUUUCCCAUUCAUGCUAACCCUUGGACUUCGCUCUGCAAGAAAAUGGUGGAGAGACGCCACUCUCAAUUUCAACCAGGCGCUCCAUUUACUUGCACGGGCAAGAUUGCUGGGCUUCUGGCCCAUAGUGCCAUGCAACAACCACCGGCCCUCGAGCCAGACUACGUUUUCAUCGUUGUGCCCGAUACUUGGACUUUUCUUGACAAAGCCAAUUUCAAUCAACCGCCGAAUGCGCCUGUUUCUCCUGCGACGCCAAAGCGCCCUGCCGCUGGUACCUCCGAGUACAACGAUGUCAUGGCGCGCUUUACUUCCACCAAGAAACGCCAGCGUCCCGCCGGGGGCGCCGCACCUGCGACGCCAAGCUCAUUGCCUCCAACCUCUGCAAGUACGUCCAUCAAGCGGCCGCUCCCUAGCCCUCACGAAACUCCAACAAAGAAACCUCGGCGCUCUCCUGACCCAUCGACUAUUAUUGCUACAUGCGACACCGACGACUCUCUCUCGCAAGCAGAUCUUGAUGACCGCGACGACAGUGACGACUCAGUCUCGGCGCCGCCCGGCAGUCAGGAUAUAUCCGACCCUGAUCCUUCCAAGCCCUCAGCCUCUGACUUAUCCCGGCCUCAUCGCAUCCGCCAUUCACCCAGAAAAUAUCACGCAACAUAA